AUGCCACCAGAAAGCGAUACUAUCGAAGCCCAAGUGCUAGAACAGAGGCAAGAGAGCCUAGGCCCAGAGGCUCAGAUCGACAGGGAAAUGGACAGAGAGGACCCCUACCCAGCCACUCCUACCCAGCAACCAGCCAGCCAAGAGAGCAUCUUUGAAAUCCCAAUCCUACCACCAAAAAAGCGCCAAGCCAACUUCUCGCCAGAGGCUGCCUAUAGAGGCAGAAACCCCUUCCAGAACUCCUCUACCCCAAAACCAACUGCCAAGAACUCGGAGCAGGCCAUCUACUGGGCGAGAGACCUGAUUCUCCAAGCGUCAACUAUGGCUGAAUCUCAUGUGGCCCAAGAUAAGCUCCUAGAGUUACUAGACGUCUUUAGAGACUACACCGAGAAAGGCAGAGUAGUAAACCAGUUUGCCAACAAACUGUCCGCCAAACUCGCCUAUCACUCAGCUACUCUUGCAAACGCCUCCCAACAGGCAACAAAAACACUAAAGAAGGGCCACAAC